UUGUUUAUCUUUGGUUUGAAAAUUAAAAUUACGUAAGUAUGCAAUUAAAUAAGUUUUUGUUUGUGAUUUUUUUUUUCAUACUAAAUAUAUUUUAAUAAAAUUUUCAUAAGUUAUUUAGUAUAAGUAAAAAAAUGAGCGACAACGAUGGCAGAAAAACUACUGGCGUGGCACCAAACACCCUGCCGCAUAAAAAAUCAAAGACCUGGUACCAGCAGGCGUUCUGUGAAAAAUCGCUAAAGGACAGUGAACUAAAUGGUUGGAUAAAACUAAACUCUGUUGUACUUCAUCAAACGAGAUUAAAUCAAUUUGUUUUGAACUGUUUGCGCCUUUGUACGUUACGUUUUGUACAUUUUGUAACUUUAAGAAUAGUAAUAUUUUUUUAUUCUGAUACCAUUAAAAUAAGGAGAAAAUUUAAUAGUGGUGCAAGUAAAAGGCGACGGAGAAAAGAAUUGGCCGAAGAAGCAUGCACCAACUCGAAGAAAAUAUAUUCGUUUUUAAAAAAAUCACUAAAUACAGUUCAAAUUGAACAAGCAAACCAAUCUCAAAAUGUGAUUGAAAAUGGUGACAUUAAAAAUGAAGUUGUUUUUAUUGCAGAAGACCCAAUUUCGGAACAUCAACCCGCAGCAAAUUUAAAUAUUGUAAACCAGGAGCGUUUUUAACCCGAAAUCUCAUUACAGGAAGAUGCAAGUGCAAAUAAAAUUCGAGAAAUGGAACUAGAGACAACAGAUCAGACUAAUCAAGGUAAUCCGGGCAAUUUUAUUGACAUUAGGAUUUCUUCUUUUAUUGAUAUUAUGAUCAAUUCUUUCAACACGAAUUCAGGAUGAAUUUAUUGAUAUUUGUGGUUCACAUGUUCAAACAGCAAUCCUCCAUGAAAUUUUGAAAGCAAAAUAUUUUUCAAUAAUAGUUGAUGCUACUCCAGAUUGCUCGUACAAAAAGCAAACUACUCUAGUUAUUCGUUAUGUUAAAAUUUUAGAUAAUUUAAACUUUUCAGUGGAAGAAAAAUUUAUUUUAAUUGAAAAUUUCAAAUUAAAUAAUUUUUUUUUUUCGAUGAUGCCGAGCUUUAUUUUAAAAUCAAUGUAUAUUUUGUUAUCAUUGACUCGAUUCAAUCUGGUCUCACGCAACGAUUUUAUUCGUUACAAAAAAUUUGUAAACUCUUUGGAUUACCAUGGCAGUUUAAAAACUUGAAUGACGAAGAUCUUGUAUUGGCUGCUCAACAUUUUCAGCAUAAAUAUGACAAAGAAAUCUCACAAGAACAUGAAAAUGAGGUUUUAUUUCCUAAAAGAAUUUAUGGUGUUAAUUUUAAACAAGACUGCACACCAAAAAAGUUGCUGGAGGAAAUUCUUGGACUUUUAGGUGUCCUUCCAAACAUUACAUUUGUAUUACGGAUUUUUAUCAGCUUGCCUGCAUCGGCGGCUUCGGGCGAACGCACAUUUAAUGUUUUAAAGCAGAUAAAAAAUUGUCAUCGUUCAACUAUGGGGCAAGGACGGUUGAAUGGACUUGCUAUGCUGAAUAUAAAUUGCGAUAUUGCACAAAAACUGGAUUUUUCAAAUAUAAUUGCUGUAUUUUCAAAACAAAAAGCAAGAAAGGCGUUUGUGAAAAUUAAAUAAAACUAGUUCAUUCUGUUUUAAUUACA